AUUCUCUCCUCCCUCCUCCCUUCCCUGCGCCGCUCGUUUUCUGCACUUCUGCAGCCACAAUCGUUCUUUAUACCUUCGUUUAUACCUUCCCUCCCGUUGCUUUCGUUCUAGGCCAUCGCCUCCGCAGCAGUCGUGCUCUUCAGCCACAGAUGAAGAAGAUGAUGUUGAUUGUUAAUCCUUGCAAUCUUGGUUCUUGAAAAAGUGGAGUUCAAGAAUUAUGCAUAUAAACUAGUCUUUACAUAAACCUUCUACAACAAACGCAUAACUGUAGUUGCUCCUGCUUGCACUUUCAAUUUUGAAUUGAAGCUCAAUUGAAAACCCUAGCUGUAGUUGCUUCUCGUUCUCUCGCCUUACAUCUACUUGAAGAGAGAAAAUGGGAGACAGUGAUUUGAAGACAUGGGUAUCUGAUAAGUUAAUGUCAUUGCUGGGCUAUUCGCAGAAUACAGUUGUUCAGUACAUAAUCGGCUUAUCUAAACAAGCAAAUUCGUCAGCUGAUGUAAUGGGCAAGCUAGCAGAAUUUGGAUUUUCAUCAUCAACAGAAACCCGUGCUUUUGCUGAACAACUUUUUUCUAGAGUACCUCAUAAACAGUCUGGUUUAAGUCUUUAUCAAAAGCAAGAAAGGGAAGCUGCUAUGUUAGUGAGAAAACAGAAGAGUUACACAAUUUUGGAUGCUGCUGAUGACGAUGAUAACAAUAAUGGUGUUGCUGGUGUUUCUAAUAACAAAUCAUCAGUCGCAGCUGCUUCCGAGCCUAGAAGAGCUGAUACACACAAGAAAAGAUUUAGGAAGAAGAUUGGCAGUGAAGAGGAUCAAGAAGAUGAGUUGCUCAAACAAGAAGAAGAGAGGCAUGUUAGACAGCGGACUUCUCCGGAUGAAGAUGAUGGUUCUGAGUCUGAGGAGGAAAGAUUGCGUGAUCAAAGAGAAAGGGAGCAAUUAGAACACAAUAUAAGAGAACGUGAUGCUGCAGGGACUCGGAAGCUAAUAGAGCCGAAGUUAACAAAAAAGGAGGCAGAAGAAGAAAUUCGAAGAUCACAUGCUUUGGAGGAAGAUGGCAUCGAUACUUUGAGAAAAGUGUCAAGACAAGAAUAUCUGAAGAAAAGGGAGCAAAAGAAAUUGGAAGAACUCAGAGAUGAUAUAGAAGAUGAACAAUAUCUAUUUGAUGGUGUGAAGCUCACUGAAGCAGAAAAUCGUGAACUAAGAUACAAGAGAGAAAUAUAUGAGCUUGUAAAGAAGAGAUCAGAAGCACCAGACGACGCAAAUGAGUACAGAAUGCCGGAUGCAUAUGAUCAGGAAGGGGGUGUUAAUCAAGAGAAGAGGUUCGCUGUUGCUUUGCAGCGCUAUAGGGACCCUACUGCUGGUGAUAAAAUGAACCCAUUUGCAGAGCAGGAGGCUUGGGAAGAUUAUCAAAUUGGGAAAGCAUCAUUGAAGUUUGGUUCAAAGAAUAAAAAGCAAAUAUCUGAUGAUUAUCAGUUUGUGUUUGAAGACCAGAUUGAAUUCAUCAAGGAAUCAGUUAUGGAUGGUGACAAGUUUGAUGAUCAAUUGCAUGCUGAGUCACUGGAUGAGUCUAGGGGAAAAACUGCAUUGGAGAAGCUUCAGGAGGAAAGGAAAACCUUACCUAUCUAUGGAUUUCGAGAUGCUCUUCUUGAGGCGAUUGAGAGUUAUCAGGUUCUUGUUAUUGUAGGAGAAACUGGUUCUGGAAAGACCACGCAAAUACCACAGUACCUUCAUGAAGCUGGAUACACCAAGCGUGGAAAGGUCGGUUGCACCCAGCCAAGGCGGGUUGCUGCUAUGAGUGUUGCUGCUAGGGUUUCUCAAGAAAUGGGAGUCAAACUUGGGCAUGAAGUUGGGUACUCCAUUCGUUUUGAAGACUGCACAUCAGAAAAGACUGUUCUUAAAUAUAUGACUGAUGGAAUGCUCUUGCGAGAAUUCCUUGGUGAGCCAGACUUGGCAAGCUACAGUGUCGUGAUGGUGGACGAGGCACAUGAAAGAACUUUGUCAACUGACAUACUAUUUGGACUAGUAAAGGAUAUAGCCCGGUUCCGUCCAGAUUUGAAGUUGCUUAUUUCAAGUGCAACACUUGAUGCUGAGAAAUUCAGUGAUUACUUCGAUUCAGCACCAAUUUUCAAAAUUCCUGGAAGAAGGUUUCCUGUUGAGAUACAUUAUACUAGAGCGCCAGAAGCUGAUUACCUUGAUGCAGCAAUUGUAACUGCGCUUCAAAUUCAUGUGACUCAGCCACCUGGAGAUAUUUUGGUUUUCCUCACAGGUCAGGAGGAAAUAGAGACAGCUGAGGAAAUUUUGAAGCAUAGGACCAGAGGUUUGGGGACAAAAAUUGCAGAACUUAUUAUCUGCCCUAUAUAUGCAAAUUUACCAACAGAGCUUCAAGCUAAAAUAUUUGAACCUACUCCUGAAGGGGCACGAAAAGUUGUUCUUGCAACAAAUAUUGCUGAAACAUCUUUAACAAUUGAUGGGAUCAAGUAUGUCAUUGAUCCUGGGUUUUGCAAGAUGAAAUCAUAUAAUCCCAGGACAGGAAUGGAGUCUUUACUUAUAACACCUAUUUCAAAAGCUUCGGCCAUGCAACGUGCUGGCCGUUCUGGGCGAACAGGUCCUGGAAAGUGUUUCCGGUUGUACACUGCCUAUAACUAUCAGCAUGACUUGGAUGAUAGUACUGUACCAGAAAUACAAAGGACAAAUCUGGCUAAUGUUGUAUUGUCUUUAAAGAGUCUUGGAAUUCAUGACUUGCUAAAUUUUGAUUUUAUGGAUCCUCCGCCUUCUGAGGCAUUACUGAAAGCCCUGGAACUUCUAUUUGCGCUGAGUGCAUUAAAUAAACAUGGGGAGCUGACUAAAGUUGGUCGAAGGAUGGCUGAGUUCCCACUUGAUCCUAUGCUAUCUAAAAUGAUAGUUGCUUCUGACAAGUACAAGUGUUCAGAUGAGAUAAUUUCUAUUGCUGCCAUGCUUUCCAUCGGAAAUUCAAUAUUCUAUCGUCCGAAGGAUAAACAAGUCCAUGCUGACAAUGCUAGAUUGAAUUUCCACACAGGAAAUGUGGGGGACCAUGUAGCUCUUCUCAAGGUGUAUAAUUCUUGGAAGGAAACUAAUUACUCGACGCAAUGGUGUUAUGAAAAUUACAUUCAGGUGAGGAGUAUGAAGCGGGCUAGAGAUAUUCGAGAUCAGUUGGAAGGCCUUUUAGAAAGGGUUGAAAUUGAGCUAACAUCCAAUUCCAAUGAUUUAGAUGCCAUAAAGAAGUGCAUAACUUCUGGUUUUUUCCCUCAUUCCGCAAGGCUGCAGAAGAAUGGAUCAUAUCGAACAGUGAAACAUCCUCAGACGGUUCACAUACAUCCCAGCUCAGGGUUGGCUCAGGUGCUUCCAAGAUGGGUCACGUAUCAUGAGUUGGUUCUUACGACCAAGGAGUACAUGAGGCAGGUAACUGAGCUGAAGCCCGAGUGGCUGGUAGAAAUAGCCCCUCACUAUUACCAGCUGAAGGAUGUUGAAGAUUCGGGAUCAAAGAAAAUGCCGCGGGGUGAAGGACGUGCAUCAUAGCUGGGUUCGUUAGAAAUAACUUAAAAACUGUUAGUUCAGAUAGGGCCUUGUUUAGCUCAGCAGGAUGUUUACGAUUCUUUGGCCGACCAGAAGACUGUAAAUAUAAUUUUGUAAAUUAGGUCGAAAUGCUUUUACUGACAAGUAGAUAUCAGUUGAUCUCUUGUAUUUGCUCACUGACCAUUUUGGGGUCACAAUUAAACAUUGUAAAAAAUGCUUUUGAUAAUCCAGUCUCUGAUAUAGCGAUAUUGGAUUUGUUACUGAAGAA